GUAGGCUGGCAAUCCGGAAGAAAUCGCUGUUUACUCUGGACAUUAAGUGGACUAAUCUCAAAUUUAAAACAUUGUCGCAGACUUUUGGAUGGCGGUAAAGGUGUUAAUCUCUCACACGCUGUGUUGUAAAGCGUAAAAACACAAGGAAAGGUAUUUCAGGUUCACUGACUGAACAAGUGACUGUGAGGAUGCAGCCUGCCAGUCAGGAGACUCCGCCCACCUCCGGCGAGCGACCUGAGCCCAGCCAGCUUUCCAGUAAAGACACGUCGUCUCUGGACAGCACGUCUGACCUGUACGGACCUCGAACUACGGUGACCAUUGACCUCUUCAAUGUGGUGGUCUCCUACAAGCGGAUGGCGAUCUUUCUGGAACCGGUUACUGAUGUGGUGGAGGUGCUGCGUUACGUGCUCGGGUGGAGAAUGCCCUUGUGCUCUCUUUUCUGCUGCAUCCUGCUGAACAUCCUUUUUAUCACCUUAAGUGAAGUGGUCUGGUUCUCUCUCCUCCUGUUGGUGGUCUCUGUGCCAGCGGUGCUGGGUUACCUUGGCGACCAUUGCCAAGGCGACGCCACCGACGCAGCAGUAGAGAAAAAGAGACACCAUGCAGUUCAGCGCAGGGAACUUCAGACCGUCCACAUGAGCCGCCAGGAAGCCAUGAUGGAGGUCAAGGGCCUAUUAAAGCGGCUGGAUGAGAUCCUGACGCAGGCGUGUGCGUAUGCCGAGUCAGUGUAUAAAGUCUUGUACUGGGAGAGUCAUGCAGUCUCUGCCGUAUUCUACGGGUUCCUCCUGAUGACGCUGUGUCUGCUGUACACGGCUCCUGUGGGCUGGAGUCUGUCUCUCACCAACAGCACUCUCUUCUUCUGGAACAAGGACUUCUGCAGGGUUGUGUUGCAGAUGAAGGACUUGUUCCGCUCGUCUCCGGUGCAGCCCGCUAAAGGAGAGACAGAAAAGAUGGACCCAGAACAGAGUCACCUGUCAGACCGCUCCCCUACCCCCACCAGUCUGGAGGAUCUCUCACCAGGAAGUGUGGAGGAAGCCGAGGAGGCGGAGCCUGACGAUGAGUUCAGAGACGCCAUCGAGGUGUGGCCUCCAGUCUUCGGGCUGACUAAAGCCCUAUGGAGACGAGUGAUUCGUAAGGAUGACGAUGACGUGUCAGUGGGCGGAGCCGAUUACGACUCAGUGUCUGAUAACGGCUUGUUAAGCAGGAACGAGCCGAUACGCAGCCGAGUGUCCAAACUCACCGAGAAACUCCGUAAGCGCGUUCCCACCAACCCCACAGGUAACUGUUCCAGCUGUGCUGCAGCGUUCUCGGUGUUAAAGAAGAGGCGCUCCUGCUCUAACUGUGGUGUGAGCUUGUGUUCUCGCUGCUGUUCCUACAAAGUGCUCAGGUCCAGUAUGGGAGCGACAGCUCCAGAGGCUCAGAGGGAGACGGUGUUCGUGUGCGCUACAUGCAACACGUUUCUCAGCACCAAGUAGCGUCCCGUAGUGACCCGUUCCACCAGAAAGCUCCUCGGGCGUCCUCGUGAGGUUCUCGUCUCGUAGUCGUUGUCCUGCUGCUGCUGCUGCUUCCUGCCUCAUGUCUCCUCUCUUCCUCGUGCUUCCCGUAAAAAGCUUCAGUAGGCGUGUCUGUUCCUGCUAGAGCUGAGACAGAAAUAACCCAGCUCUCCAGUCUGGAGAGACUCACAGCCAGACUCCAGAUCCUGCAGUGUGUAGCAUGCUCGCUAAUGCACAUCAUGUGAUGCAGAGCCGGUGGAGCCGUUCCUGUCUCAGGCUUUUUUUUUUUUUUUUUUUAUACGGCAGGUCAUGUGACCUCAUCUCAUCCUGCACUGUAGAUGUAAAUCUGUCAAUACUUCAAACAUAAUAAUAAUAAUCAAAUGCUCAGUCAGUUGAUUUGAGAGUUUCCAUUGUUCUAGAAUCAUCAGCUCUU